AUGAAGAAAUGCCCGCCGGAAGUGCUCGCGAUCAUCUUUGCCUAUGCAUGCUCCGAAGACGGCACCACUGGUCGCUCGCUUUCCCUCGUCUCGCACUAUAUCCACGCCGCCUCCUCACCCUUCCAAUGGCAGUCCCUGUCCAUCUCAGGCAUUCGUCAGGCGCGGGGGUUCGCUGCGCACGUCUUCGCCGCCUAUGAUCUCGAGCCCCGCCAUCGCCGGCCGAUCCACCAUCUCUUCCUCUCCACCCGUACAUGCAACGAAGCACACGACAGCUGCUGGCCCGGAAGCCCCUGCGACGACUGGCCGCUCUACCAGAGCGAGAUCCUCCGAUACGCAGCGCCGACAUUGCAGACGCUGACGUUCGUGGCGUUUGAUCCGUUCUUCACCAGCGCGCACUGCAUUGAGGGGCUUCUGCGCGUCCCGCUGCCUGUGCUCUCCGAACUCACUGUCCGAGCGCGGUGUACACCCUCACAGGUAUCCCUUGAUGAUAUCCGUGAUGAUAAAUUCAACGACGACCGGGCCACGGUUGCGUCCAUCAAUAGCGCCGGUUCGACCAAGGCUGGAGUAGCGUGGUGCGCCCGCCCACAACUGCGCCGACUGCAUCUCGCAUGUUCUUUCCACGGAUUCGUGUAUGGCACCGACGCGACACACGCGCUCGUGCGCGCCUUCUCGCCCGUGCUGACUCAUCUCCGCCUCUCUAUGCUCGACAUGUGGGGCUCGAAGCGCGUCGCCGAGGUCUUGCACGCGGAAUGCGUCGAGCGCGACAUCGUCCCGCAGAUCCUCGCCCUCCCUCCUCUUCCCACGUUCGCGUCCGCCUCGUCCCAUCCCCCUCUGCCCGCUGAUGCAGUCGUCGCACAGUGCGUUACGUGGGCACGCGUUCUCCCCUCCAGUCCGCCACAUUCACACCCACAUUCCUCCUCAUCUCUGCCAUCUUCACUCCGAUCGACCCCCGACCUGCACAUGUUCGCAAUCCAGCCGCCUCCGACCGCCGCGUCCGACUUUUUUUGCUCGUGCUGCAUGGACGUACGCGGCGACGCGGACGUGAUGCGCGUUUUCGCCGCGCUGGCGCACGAGGCGCAGAUGCGGCACGACGCGCGCUUCUUGUACCUCCCGACGCGCGAGAAGGAGGGGUACGGCUUCCGCGAGGCGCGCACGGACUGGCUCGAUCGCGUCGGCGGCGGGGCGGGGUGUUGGGCGAAGAAGACGUCAGCGGCGUGGGAGGAGACGGGCAGGAUCAAGACGAAUGCUGAAGAAACUCAAGUGCUGGAGAAAGCUGAAGAAGAUCGGUUCGCGGUUGCGGCAUGUAGCCGGCGGGGAAGCGGGGCCGCGGAGGGUGGCGGUCGUUAG